AAUCAGUGUUUGCUGCUUGACCUGGCUGGAGUUGUCGGGCUGGAGGGAGCUGAURGGAGCAGCAUUUUGCACUCUGGUAACAUUUUCCCCAAUUCCUCUCUGUCCCUCAGGCACAUCUCGCUGACGCUCCCUGCCAGCUUUCGGGGGAAGAGYCACAGCAGCCGCCUGGACCUGGAGCACCAGCACUCCAACCUGUAUGCCAUCUCAGCAAUGGAUGGAGUGCCUUUUAUGAUUUCGGAGAAGUUUGCCUGUGCUCCUGAAGGGAUGCAGCCAGUUGAUCUCUUGGGUAUCACAAUCAAAACCCUGGCAGAAAUCGAAAAGGAGUACGACUACAGCUUCCGGACRGAGCAGAGCGCGGCCGCCCGCCUGCCGCCCAGCCCCACCCGGUGCCCCCCGGUGCCGCCGUCCUGAGGGGCUGCCAGCGCCGGAGCAGUGUGUGCGUGCGUACUACUGAGCAGGAACCAGGACACGGGACAGCGCUGGAGCCAUCCCAGCACACAGACCCCAUGUCGGGCCACCGCCACCACCCUGCACUGCACCACCCCCUGCACACGCCGCUCCACGUGUUGGCACCUUCGGCAGCUGCCCCUACCCCCGCCCCGCUCCCGCUGCUGCAGACCCCUCUCCAUGUGAGUACAGCACUGGGAGCCUGAUGAAGCCCCUUGUCGUCCCCUCUUUGUGCUGCAGCACAGUCACAGGACCCAGAGCUGUAGCGAACCGCUGUGAACCCAUGCGGGAGCCUGCGGAGCAUCCAGAAAUCUCAGCCCUGRCAGGAACAGUGAAAGGCAUGGCUGGCACUGCCACGUGAGCUGCCAUGGAGCUGGGUGGUUCUCAGCACCUCACAGCAGGAAGCUUCUGCGGCACUCAGUCCAGCACAGAACUGAGCUGCAGUGAGUGCCAAUCCCUCUGCCAAGGUCUGGGCACAGAAGUUCUGCUGUGAUUGGGAUCAGUCCCAGGUCCACUGUGGUCAGUGGGUUUGCUGUAGGGCCCCUGGCUCACUGGACACUGGCAGGGCAGGCAGAGCACCCAAGGUGCACUGCAGGUYCUGAGAUGAAGCACCUCUGCUUUGCACAAGAUGUCCAUCUGCCCAUAUGGAUCUAGAGACAAGUAUCCUGUUUUUYUUUCUGGAUGGAUGCUGGCAGUGGCACCCUGGCAGCACCCUCUGACCCYGGCCACGCUGCCUGUGGAGGUGGGUACCUGCUGACAGCUGGGAUGCCAUCACCUGCCAUCACUGAGACAGCUCUCGAGCAUGUUCCCUGCUAGCUGCUAAAACAAAAGAGAUGUGCCUGUUUCCUGGGCACUCAUUGGGAAGCACUGAACACUGACGUGGCACAGGGUGAGAGUGGGAUGCAUUAAACCCUGACCUCUGCCUCCCUGUGAUCGCUGACUGGGCUUGCUCCCGAGCCAAACGCAUGUSUUGGAGAAGUCUGUUACUGUAAUAAGUUAUUUACAAGUGCCCAUCUGAUCCUGUGCUGCUCUUUCAAGUCUCUGCUGUASAACAAAGAUACAUCAUGGCAGCAAAAUGGCAAUUCUUGAGUGUUUAAAYGUACAACUUUUUAUAUUGUAAUAUACUGAUUCCCUGACCCCAUUGAAAUGCAAUUGCCAUGGUAACAGUAAUGGUGUUGUCACUCUCAGCCUGGGUCGUACAUGUGCCCUGACCCACUUUGCACUGCCUUGGAUUGAUCUGGCAUUUGCUACUUGCACAGAAUGGUGACUAACAGCAGGUUUUGUACUGUUGGCUAAUACUUUUUAUUUGUACAUAAGUAAAAUAAUUCCUGCCCAAAGAUUAAUUUCUGGUUUUAAGGCACCACACUGUACUGCUGGGAUAAAGAGCACAAAAUACCAUUGGGACAAAUUGAGUCCAGAUCUUUGCUUCAGCUUCUUCCAAUCAGGUAAAUAAUUUUCUGGAGCUGCCUCUGUAGAGUGGCCAUAUGGUUGGAGAGCAGAGGCCAAUUUGGUCGCAUGUGUGUUGUUUUUGGGCAAGUGCACCAGCGCUGGAGCCUUGGGAGACCCCCUGGAAGUGCUCGUUUACUCGCAGGUUGCACCACCAUUUUUAGUUGUUAUUUAUCCUGCAGUAAAGAAAAGCCAGACCUCACUGCCAGGCUUCACAAAGGCCAGAUUGAUGAUGCCGACAUCGACAAAUGAACAUACCAUGGCAGCUUGGUCAUUUGGCUCAGGUUCACUUCAAGUUCAAAUCCACUCUAUGCCGUAGUGCUGUGCCCAUCUCAUCCAUCUUUUGUCUUUCUAUUUUUCUGCUUGUAAUUUGUUCUGUAGUUUUCUGUGACAUCCAUUUAUAGCUUCUCCUGUGGCUCAGUGGUCACGGCAGGUAGGCAGGAGCCAUCGGCAGCAGUGCAUUCGUGGCUUUGGGAUAAGAGCUGACCUUCCCUGUUCAUGGUGGAGAAACGAAGCUGCCGACUAUCACAGGGCAGCCAGCACAAUCUGCAGAGCUCCAGGGGCAGUGCUUGCCUCUGAGAGAUGGAGAGACAACUGCCAGGAGCCCCUGCUGGAGCUUCCCCUUCCUUCCUGAGGGCAGCAUUGACUGCACAGCGGGCAGGGGGCUCAGCAACGAGCGGGGUCUGAGAGCCACACUCAGUGCCACACUCAGUGCCACACUCCCUGGCUGUGUCUGGGACAAUGAGUGCAGAGCUUUGGGUUCCUUGUGUAAGAGAAGAUCUGUGCUUUCAUAUUCAUACCAGCUACGAGAUUUGCUCAGCCUUCUUGGAGAUGAGGAGCUCAGCUUGCACUGCAGUGACCUACAGGAAACACUGGAUACUUGAAACACUGGCAGGACACGUGGCUGGGACAGGCAUCUACAGCUUCGGACGCAUUUGUAGAGUUACUUCUCCCUCUCUAACACUGGGCCAGCAAAGCUGCUUUGGGGCUCACCUGCAGAGAGCCUUGAGAAAUGAGUUUGCUCUCUGUAGUGCAGUCCUGCACCACUGCACUGCAGGAACAGUCUGUUCCAAAAGCACAGUCAGGGCAGAUGUGAUUCCUGUGGGGCAAACCCAAUCAAGGUKUUUUGAACAAAAAGCUGCAGCUGCUGAGAGCCAGCUGAACUCUCAGCCCUGGUAACUGCAGGCUGGAAAACUGGGAAUUCCAAAAGAGAGAGGGCUUGGAGCCAGUGCUUGGAAGCACAGCAAGACACCACAGUGCAGGGUGGUUGAGUGUGUCAACUUCUCAGUCCACUGAUCAGAAGGAAGCUUUUGUUAUUGCACAGGUGAAUUCCUGAGAUGUGGGGUGUCAGGUCAGCAUUUCCACGGGAARGUUUUAUUGGCUGCUCCAUAACUUUUGUACUCACGGCAGCUCAUUGCAGGGCUGGUCCUUGCAUCCUUACAGUGCUGGCAUGUGCCAUGGCCAGUACCAGCAUCCCUCUGCAUCUUCCUCCCUGUCUGAAAGGUAACUGUGGAAGAAUUUAUUGCCCAGGCAAUGAAUGUUCAGGGAGUCUGAUGCAGGUUUGUCUGGCUGCGGAGAAGUCCUCUGGAGCAUAAGUGGAGGGGUUGAGUCAGUGGAAAGCAACAGAAGUGAACUUGCAGAGCUUUACCAGAUGUUCUUGGCUACCUUGCCUAAAUUUGUAGAACAAAACUGGUCUCUAGAUAGUUUAAUCUUGUGACUGAUGGAGAGGUUARUUUGCCAAAUUACUAUAUAUCUGCAACAGAGACAGGAAAGUAGCAGUGAGGGGGUUGCUUACUGUAAAAUACACCUUCUGAUGUGAAUUCAUAGUGACACGCUGCCUCCUGGAUUCCUCACAGCAAGAAGCUGSUCAUGUGCUGAGGUGAUUCGUGGCCACCCAGGCCAGGCUGUGCUCUCUGCUGUGUUAAUCAUGGAAUGGCAAGAAGUUAGUCCAGAAAGUGAUGUAGAGUGUGAACUUUGUGAUAAAAUUCAAGUGUGAAUAGUUGUAGCAGGUGUCUUCCCUUAUGGGAGCACCUUGUAUUUGUAGUUCCAUAGGAGUAAAGUGUGUCAGACUUUUCCUGUGACUGUCCCUGCGUGUCCCCACGGUGUUUGUUAGAGGAUCCCCGGAGCCUCCUGUGCAGUGAGAGGUUGUUGAUAAUCUGUAGCAUUGGGCUUGUUUGGUUUCACACCCACCACUGCCCCCUCAGUGUCCUGAGCUCUCCAGACUGAACCCAUGCUGGACAUGCUGCUGGAGCCUGGAGCAUUCCAGUUGUGGGCACUACACAUGCCAGGUAGGUGCCAGKGGCAAGGGCAUCAUCUACAGGCCUUGGCACCUGCUCUUGUGUGGGUGCUGAAAUCUCCUGGGAGGAGGGAAAACAGGAUGGAUSUGGCCAGUUCCAUGUUGGCCCUCACCUCCCGCCUCUCCCCAGGUGACUUUGGGUCUGUGUCCCCAAAUGUGCCCACAGUCACUGUCCCAUGGCAGCCCCAGGAGCCUGGAGAGCUGUUCCUGCUCCUGCCCAAGGACAGGCACGUUGUGCUACACCCAAACAAUUACCUCAGCCUUGGAGCCUUGACCAACAGCCGGCAAUCCCUCCAGCAGCAAUGCCCCACAGCGGGGCAGAGGAGUGCUGCUGUCAGCCAUCCUGAGCCUUAUCACCCGGGCCGUGGGACUGGAGAGAGGAGAGAGGAGAGAGAGACUGCUCCUCUGCUCCCAAACGAGCUCAGUCAGUGCUGCUGUCAGCCAUCCUGAGCCUUACUGCCUGGGCUGUGGGAUGGAGAGAGGAGAGAGGAGAGAGAGACUGCUCCUCUGUCACCAGCGAGCUCAGUCAGUGCUGCUGUCAGCCAUCCUGAGCCUUACYGCCCGGGCUGUGGGAUGGAGAGAGGAGAGAGGAGAGAGAGACUGCUCCUCUGCUCCCAAACGAGCUCAGUCAGUGCUGCUGGGCUCAUCCACCACACAGAAACCAAACACUUGGCAUCUUCUGGCUGGUUGGUUGGUGUGAAAUUGGUUCCCAACAGCAACAGAUUUAAAUACCAUCGUACAAAUGGCAGAGAGAAGCCUUUUAUGCAGUUGCAAAGUGGUUUUCUAAGAUGGUUGGGUUACUGAAGGUGAUUUUACUGUGCAUUAAUCUUAUGAAUGUUACUAUGUUUUAUAUUUAUUUUAGAUGACCCUCCUGUAUUUUACAAAGGGAAGUUUCAUUGUGUGAUAACUCAGUCUGUAUUCUUAAUAUAAUUUGUUAAAUGAAACUUGUUUUAAUCAGAUAAUUCUGUGUGCUUUUGUGUUUUAAUUUUCUGACUGGAACAAAUACCUGAAUUGGAAGGGUGAACUGCAGAGGUGGCAGCAUGAUCCACUGUAGGGAACAUGCUAUUGUUUGUGGAGGUUUUUUCUUGGAAAYUGGAUAUAAAAAGCCUGGGAAAAUGUGUCCAAAUGUCUUGCUCCACAGGUAUGCUGCAACGUCAAAACAARCUCAAAUGAGGUGUUUUAUGGGGCAGGAUUGGGCAAAGGC